CAGCGGGUUGCAAUUGCGCGUUGCUGUACACGUAAAAAUGCAUUAUGUAGACAUUUUUUUGUUCCUCAACCUGACAUCUUACAAGUCAUACAACUAUACAAACUGUAAAUUCACUUCGGAUUAUCACAAUGGCUCAAAGGUUAAACGGACCGGUCGUGUACCUUUCCAACCUUCCAUAUGAAGCGACGCACGACUCCGUAGAGGCGGAAUUUGAAAAGGAGGGCUAUGAUGUGGAGCGGAUAGAGCUUAUCAAGAAGGGAGCUGGGUCACGCACCAAGGCAUGUGGGCUAGCAGCGGUCACCCUUAAGGAGGGAACGGAUCCAGACGUGUGCUGCAAGAAGAUGGACGGCAAGAGCCUGUUUGGGCGCCCCAUGAUUGUACGGAAGGACAAGUUCUGCAGCGAUGACCUGGCGUACUCGCCCCAGGCCCCUGGUUCGUAAACCCUACCAUGUGUCGGCUGACGCGGCAGUAGCAGCAGCAGCCACUGCAGCGGGCUCCUUACAUGCCGAGCCGGGUGUCUCUGGCACUCCCGAGUGGGUGAAGGAAAGCGUGGCUAAGUAAUGUCUGGUACUGUGUGUUUUGGUAACUGUACAUUAGCGACAGGGCAGGACUGGGAGGUGCACCCUGGUUUGCCAUGCAGAACGUUGUGGCAAGUGGCGCCGUUGAUGCGAGGCAUCACCCCAUCAUGUACAUGGCUUUCACACCCACAAUGCAAUCAGCCAUGGUACCGCAGACUCUCCUUUGCGUGAGGUGCUCGUACGUGGCCGAAGGUUGUGGGCGCGAGUAGUUGUCUUGUUUUAUUAGUAACCGUGAGGUUUUGGUUAUGAUUGGAGUAUGGGAUGAAUGUUGGAGACGGACGGCGUUGUUGGACGUUUCCCGGGUAUGGUCCAGGGAAACGGGAGAUGAGGGUGCGGACGAGGAAAUUGCGGACUGGGGAAUGUUCUACUUGCUUUUGGGCAGGCGACACUUCUAAUUGGGCGCACACCGUUUGCAUUUACACAUGCUUGAGACCAUUAUUAGCACUUAUGUCUCUUCUUCCCGUUCAUCAUUUGGUCGGUGGUCAGCCGUGGAUUGUGGCGGAUGCCAGCUUUUUGUGAAGUUGACGGCGCUGCCCUUUCUUCGCUCUCCUGCGCAAGGAUGACGCGGAAGUGGCUGAAGUUCGAUACCCACCCGACUGCGCUGUCUUUAUCAUGUGGGACAUCGAGCACCGCCGCCGCCGCGGUUUACUUGCACCAGCGCGCACUGGCAUCCGCGUGCAGCUGUUUGGAUGCGGGCUUACACCGGAUGUCGAUUAUACAAUCCUGGGGGCAUCUGGACGGCGGGGUUAGGAUUGGUUUGGGUGUCCAUGCGGAGUCGGUUUGGGCCGGAAGGGUUGAUGGUUAGGGCCGCGGAUCGGUGGAGGAGGGUGGCAAAAGGUCAUGGAAGCGGAGUGGUGAGGGGUUGCGCUUGAUUCAUGGAGUACAUCAUUCAUGGGGCUGAUGAUUCCUGUGCGGCCUGCCUUCUUUCAAUGUGCACCGGUCCAGAGGCCCUUUGGCUGAGUUCGUAGCACCUCUACUGUAUUGAAUUGCUGCAACAAAACAUACCGGUACGGGUAGUAGCAACCAUGUCAGGAUUGCGUUGGGCAUGCCUGGGUAGCCAGAGGGGCUCUAUCUUUCUUUGUUUUGCUCUUUGUGGAUGAAGGGGCUCUUUGUAGAUGUGAGGAAUGUGGCGGGUGUGGGGGUGCAGGAUGGCGUCGCAUGCUGCUUUGCUGGCGCAUUAAUGCACCCGAUUGGGGGAUGAGAAAGCUCAUACAUAGCAUGUGAGGAUGCUGUCUGCCCGCCCGCUGUCUGCUGCCAGAUGUGGCUUGCAAUGCCGACGACCGGAGGCACACGGCAGCAUGAGCUGGAGGGGCUCUGCACGUUUUGGGAUUUCAUGUGGUGUUGCAUGGGGUGGGGCGCUGGUGUGGUACUUCACGAGCGCUUGGAUGUGUAGGUGUUUGCGAGGCAUGCGCCUGGUUGGCGCUAAUGUGCAAUGUUGGUGCCUUUACAUAGACCAUGCCGUACGGUGCACUCCUU